CUCUAAAAGCAAUAUCUCAUAAUUAAGCUAAGCUCUCAUGGGGGCUUCGAUUUCAUGAGGGGCUUCAAAAUCUAAACAUCUACUGAUUUUUUUUUAAGAAAGCUCCCUCCAUAAGACCUUAUUUUUGGUUUGCCUAAAAUUAUACGGAGUUUGGAGUUUUUUUAAGAAAGCCCCUCCGUUUGCCCAGAAUUAUACCCAGUUUGGGGUUUUAAUCGGAAUCUUAUAGGUAGGUAUUGCCGUGCAGUUUAGUUUUUAUAUCUUGCAGUGUGAGAUGGGGAAGGACUCGAAGGCCAAAGAAGCGUCUGGUAAGGGCAAAGGGAAGCAGGCAUCAUCCGGCGGAGGAGAGGAGAAGGGCAAAGGAAAGGGUGCCAAGGCUGAUGGACUCGGCACCUGCACCUAUGUUAAAGCUAGGCAUAUUCUAUGUGAGAAACAAGGGAAGAUGAACGAGGCAUACAAGAAACUACAGGACGGGUGGCUGAGCAAUGGAGACAAGGUGCCUCCGGCUGAAUUUGCGAAGGUCGCAGCUGAGUAUUCAGAAUGUCCAUCAGGUAAAAAAGGUGGGGAUCUUGGAUGGUUUCCCCGAGGGAAGAUGGCAGGCCCCUUUCAAGAGGUUGCUUUCAACACACCCAUUGGAGCUACCAGCGUACCAUUUAAGUCGACACAUGGCUAUCAUGUAAUUCUGGUAGAGGGCCGAAAAAAUUGACCGAAUGGGAUGGAUAAAGGGCAUAUUUCUCCUUGUUGGAGACAUUGUUACUUAUUAAGCAAUGCAUAUUGUCAAUGAAAACUUUUGUUUUAAUAUUUAUGUUCUAAUGGUGUACUGUUGGAAUAUGUAAAUAGAAAUUUUUUAACCUGCACUGCAAAUAACUGGCUUGCAAGGUGUUUCCGUUGACUGUUAUGUUUAAUGUGUUUACAUGGUUGUUACAUGUAAGGAAAUGCAGAAUAGUACCUUUUAUAAUA